GCGCUGUUGCUGUAGGUCCACGUGAAGAAGACGAGGCUGCCGUUGAAGAUAUGUAGCUAGCUUAGCUGCUAGUUAUCUGAACAAAGCUUACAGUAACAAACUCCGUGAGAUUUUAAAAACCGGACGUUUACACACUUUAAGGAAUCAGUGUCUACUGCUGUGUCUUGACGAACCCGUUGUCCAGCUGAGCAUUAGCUACAGCUUUUGUUUCUUGGCAAAUGAAGGAGAAUAAGGAGAACUCCACUCCUGUCAAUUUGACGACAAAUCUGGACCACAUCAAGCCAUGCUGGUACUGGGACAAAAAGGACCUGGCCCAUACCCCAUCCCAGUCCGAGGGCCUAGAUCCGGCCACUGAGGCCAGAUACAGAAGAGAGGGGGCCAGGUUUAUAUUCGACGUUGGAACUCGACUAGGACUACACUAUGAUACUUUGGCCACAGGAAUUAUAUACUUUCACCGCUUUUACAUGUUUCAUUCUUUCAAGCAGUUUCCGAGAUAUGUGACCGGGGCUUGCUGUCUCUUUUUAGCUGGAAAAGUUGAGGAGACUCCGAAGAAGUGUAAAGACAUUAUCAAAACAGCUCGCAGCCUACUUAACGAUGUGCAGUUUGCACAAUUUGGGGAAGAUCCAAAAAAAUUUGGUUGUUAUUGGAGGCAUGACAUUUACAAACAGGAAGAAGUUAUGGUGUUGGAGAGAAUAUUGCUCCAGACAAUCAAGUUUGAUCUACAAGUGGAGCAUCCAUAUCAGUUCCUCUUGCGCUACGCUAAGCAGUUGAAAGGAGACAAGAACAAAGUGCAAAAGCUGGUGCAAAUGGCUUGGACCUUUGUGAAUGACAGCCUCUGCACGAUGCUGUCUCUUCAGUGGGAGCCAGAGAUCAUAGCUGUUGCUGUCAUGUAUUUGGCUGGUCGCCUGUGUAAAUUUGACAUCCAGGAAUGGACAUCCAAGCAGUCGUCCCGGCGCUGGUGGGAACAGUUUGUGCAAGAUGUCCCUGUGGAGCUGUUGGAGGAUAUCUGCCACCAAAUCUUGGACCUAUAUUCCCAAGGCAAGCAGCCCAUCCCACAGCAGCCCCAAAUGCAGGAGAAAGACAAGCCACCACAACCUCCUGCCAGCCAGCCAAGUCAAUCUGUUGGACUGAACCCUGCAGCUCUGCCUCCACUUAAGAAAAACUCCCCACAGGCUAGUCCUCCACGGCAGCUUAAACGCCAACAUGUUUCUCCAAAAGAAGAGUCUAAGGUUGCCACAGAGCAAGCUGGUUCUAAAAUACCACGGUUGGAAAGCCCAAUGCCUCCCCUACCAGUUGCCCAGCCUCCUGAUCGCAAAGGCCCAACCUCAGCCCCAGCCCCUCCUACAGAGGUGGAGCCAGCAGCCUCUGCUGAUUCAGACUUGUCCAAGGCACCUCCUCUGCCCCAUGGAGCUCCACCCCCUCUGCCUCACCGCCCACCACCUCCACCCCCCUCCAGCUACAUCAUGGGCAUGUCCACAUCUAGCUCUUACAUGUCAGGGGAGGGCUAUCAAAGCCUACAGUCUAUGAUGAAGACAGAGACACCAUCCUAUGCUCCCAUGCCUCCCUCUUACCCAAUGCCUUACCAUCCACAUGUUUACCCUCCUCCAAAUCCUCCACCACCAGGCCCUCCACCACCUACAACUUACCCUCCUCCUAACCUUCCACCGCCCACUCCGGCCUACCCUCCACCAGGCUACAACCAUAGCUACCCUCCUCCACCCCCCCGCAUGCCACCAGGACACGCGGUUCCUCCUCCAGGAAUGGGUUUGCCUCCUACUGGAUAUCCGCCUCCGCCGGUCCCUCCAGGCCAGCCACAGGUUCCCAUGCCACCCGGCUUGCCACCAGUGGCAGGGAUGAACCGUGGAACCUGGAUGAGAUGAAAAGACAGGUGGUCUUUCAGAGAGAGUAAAGGGUGUGGACAGAUGCCAGAGAGAUCUUCUGCUUCAUUCCACCGAAUUUGUCAUUUAUCACCAGUAUCAGGAUGUUAUAAUGUUGUUUAGUCCUGUUUAAGUAGUUGUGAAAUACACUAUGAACCUUUUUGUAUGAGUUUUGCCUGAAUUCUGUUGUAAGUAUGGUAUAGAACCCUCAUGUUUAGAAACCUGUGUUUAUAUUCAUAAUACUUCUCAGAAUAGGAGUGCAGACCUAAGAGUUGAGAGUUUAUCAAUAUAGAUCCAUGUCCUCAAUUUAAUCUUGAUCAUAAAAACAAAUGUCUUUUAGAUCUGUGCAAAAGGAAAGUUCUGCCCCAGCAAUCCAACAGUGAGCAAAGUGUGUAAAUCCAGUAACUGAUUUUUUUUCCUCUAUAUAUAAUCACUUUGCAAGGUUUUAGUGAAAUAGGAGGUAAUAACAAGUGAAUCCUUUUGACCAGAUGUGAAAUGGAGCCAAGAACAGUUAUUUCUUUAAAGAGAGUGUUCCUUGUUUAAAAUAAUACAUGCUUUCCAUACAUCUCUAUGAAUGAAAUGUUUGGACCUUUCUGAAAAUAUGAAUCACCCAUUGUAGAUAAUGAAGUUGUAGUAUCAGGAACAUUUUGUCUGAGAAGAUUUGUGAAUACAGACAAAAAUAAGUGUUAUUCUUAUGGUGUCCUUUUAUGCUACUGUGCAACUGGAGACAUACAUAUUUGUUACUUACGUUAUCUUUUAACACUUUAUGGUGGGCUGCUUCUCCUGUUUGUUCAAAGCAUUUCUCUUUUACAUGAACUAAUUGUGAUCAUCAAUGCUCAAGUCAAUUCAUAGCCAUUGAACCACUGAUUUCAAUAUAGUAUGCAAAAGAGAGCAUAUUUUGUAAGUACUUUAUGACUAGGACAGGCGAUAGCUUCAUUUUAGCUUCUCUGGAUGUGGCUUAGGCUAGAAUCCUAUAAGCUUGCUGUGUUUAGUAUGUCUGUUUUUGGAUUUCUUUGACACUUAGGGUAAUAAAGAUCUUUUUCUUCCCUGCUUUCAAUCAAAUUACUUGCUGGUUGUUGCCUCCCAUCUCAUGUCCCUGUCUUUACUGUGUACCUCAAACUUGUCUGCUGUUAACUGUUGUUUUUUUUCUGUAUGAAUAGAUAAAAUAUGAAAUGUGAUUUGCUCAUAAUAAAUAGGACUGUCCUAUUUAA